AUGUCGUCCAUAGUUGAUGAAAUAACUCUCGAGAGUGCAACUAAUUUCAGAGGACGAAUAGCCUUGGCUGCUUUGACGGGUCGAAAAUUACAUUUAAAAAAUGUCCACGCUGAUGACAACAUUUCUCCAGGUUUGCGGCCGCACGAGGCUGCUAUUUUAAAGUUACUGCAACUCGUUUCAGAAGACAUUGAAAUCAAAGUCUCAGCCAACAACACAAACGUCAUUAUAAAUCCUGGAUUAUUACUAGGUUGCAAAGACAAGCUAGUUUUUGAGUGUCCCACUACUCGAGGAAUUUCUUACUAUUUAGAAUUUCUAUGUAUGAUAUGCUACUUUUUCAGUUUUCCGUUGAACAUCAAGCUUAUGGGGGUGACAAACCACACGUUAGACCCGUCGGUGAACAGUUUUUUUAUAGCUAUCUCUAGCUUUCAAAAACGCGUUAAUCUCCCGGUUUUGUCUGUGAAUGUCGAGGCUCGUGGCUUACUUCCAGACGGCGGAGGUUCAGUAACUGUCACCUCCCCAGUUGUCAAAAAGAUUGAGCCUUUUACCAUUUUAAACACAGGAAAAAUAUACAAACUUCGUGGUUCUGCCUUCUCAUGCCAUGUUACAAAAAACUUUGUCGUGCGAAUGAUCUCGCAAAUUAGAGAAAUAUUCAACCACGUUUUGAGCGACGUAUAUAUAUAUGAAGAUGUAUGCGGAAAAGAAAAAGCAGGAAAGUCAACUGGAUUUGGUGUUGAACUCGUUGCGGAAACUUUCUUGGGCACAAUUAUAACUAGGAUUCUGCUUUUGGAGCAAUAA